AUGUCUGACUUUGAAGAUUCUUCUUCCCUUGAUGAAAUUGACGAUGGCUUCUACAGCCGCCAACGUUAUGUCAUAGGCGAUGAAGCGAUGUGUCGACUUUCAGACUCAACCGUUCUCAUUUGUGGUCUUUGUGGUGUUGGUGUUGAAAUCGGUUUGGAUAAUCCCAAAAAUCUUGUCCUUGCUGGCGUCAACCGCCUGAUUCUUGAUGACUCUACCGUUUGUACCACCGAUGAUUUAGCUACUCAAUUCUAUAUUCGACCUGAAAAUAUUAAAAGAGGAGACACAAGAGCUAAGUCUAGCCUUUCGUACCUUUCCGACCUCAAUCCUUAUGUUAGCGUUGUUCUCUCGAAUUGUCCAUUAACCGACUCAAACGUUGACGUUUCAGACGUACUCAAGAACAGAUUUCCGGAUGGCAUAACAUGCGUUGUUGUAACCGAUUGUAAUCUCAUCUUUGCUGCACUUUUGAACAACUACUGUAGACAGCGCAAUAUCAAGUUUGUAUACACUAAUACCAUAGGGGUCUUUGGGAAUAUUUUUUGUGAUUUUGGUGAGAAUAUUCAUUAUGGACCUCCUGAUGAAGAGCCUCCAGUGAAUUUUUUCAUUGAUCAUAUUGAGAAUGCCGAAAAGCCGAAGCUACUGAUCAAGGGCUCAGACCAACACAAACUAGCCGAUGGAAGUUUCAUCACUCUUCAUGAAAUCAGCGGAAUGACCGAAUUGAAUGGGAUGACUGUUCAAGUUAAGGAAAUCUCUCCGAGAAUUCUUGAAUUGAAUGUUGACACUCGCAACUUUGGCGUUUUUACGGGUAAUGGAAUAGCAACUGAAGUGAAAGUCUCACCCCCUAUGUCUCAUCUUCCAUUGGCCAUGCAAUUGGAAAAUCCGAAGCUCUGUACUGUUGAUCUCGUUGACCCCGAGUCUUCCCUUCAGCUGCAUAUAGCCUUUGUUGCGUUGAUGAUGUUCUUCUGUAAAGAAAAACGACUUCCAAGAGCUUGGUGUAAAAGGGACCUCAAUCUGUGUCAUCAAAUUGCUCGUCGAUUCGCACCACCAAAUACAAAUGUGUGUUGUGGUUUUGAUCUUUUUUUACUUCCUCAUAUUCGUAUUGAUGCCAAACGCCUUUCAAAAAUAUAUGCAACUGCUCAAGGUCAAGUUCCUCCUCUCUGCUCAUUUUUCGGCGGAUUAGCUGCUCAAGAAGUCAUUAAAGCUGUGACCUGUCGAUUCACACCGCUUAACCAAUGGUUGUAUCUUGGUGUUGAUUGCCUGGUGCCUGAAAAAAAUAGAAAUUCCUCCCUUCUUUUACCUGCAAGUAGUCGUUAUCGGCCUCUAGUUGCUUGUAUUGGAUCUGAUAAUAUGGAAAAACUCUCCAUGGCCAACGCUCUUAUGGUUGGUUGCGGUGCCAUAGGCUGUGAAUUAUUGAAGAAUCUGGCUCUCAUUGGCUUCGCCGGGGGUGAUUUCCACCAAUCAGCCCUUUACUCAAAUUCAUCUAACUCUGUGCCCAAUGGGGAUGCAGCAACUUUCUCGACGUUAUCGACAAGCGAUUCUGAGGACUCUUUUGAUGUUGUUGAUGUUGAAGACUUCAGGGACGAUGACACAAGUCCAUUUUUCUUCCCCGAUACGCAUUACUUGGCUCUUGAAUUAAUGCGUCUGGGACAAGGUGAAGACGCCUUCACACUUAACCAAGGUGAUGUGUUACUGGAACCGCGUUUGGAAGCGAAUUUCAAUGAAGCAGAUCUACUGAGAUUACCUUUCAUGCUGCGAUCGAGUUUAAGUAUUGGAAAUUUUGAUUCAUCCACCCCAGUUCAAGUGGAGCCCGAUGCGUUCGACACAAAUAGCAACUCUAGCAUUCAUCGCCCUUGCAUUACCAUCACUGAUAAUGAUCACAUCGAGAAAUCUAACCUCAAUCGUCAAUUCCUAUUUUGUCCCGAAGACGUCGGUUUGCCCAAGAGUCAAGUUGCUGCCGAGUCAAUUCUCAAGUUCAAUCCCGCCAUGAAAGUUGUGCCCUUAACACAUAAAUUCUGCGCCGACACAUCGAAAACUAUAUUCACUGAUGAAUAUAUCCGGGCUGCCGCUUCAGGAUUUGAGAUGUCAAGUCCUCCUGUUGUACUAGCUGCGCUAGAUAAUAUUGAAGCUAGACAAUAUCUCGAUCAACGGUGUGUGAUCAAUCGUCUGGCAAUGUUCGAUUCUGGAACUCAAGGGACAAAGGGUCAUACUCAAGCUAUUCUUCCUGGAAUUACUGAAUCUUAUAGUAAUCAAAGUGAUCCAGGUUCCAGUGGUGUGGAUGAGAUUCCCUAUUGUACUCUCAAGUCUUUUCCUGCAAAACCCGCUGAUUGUGUUGAAUGGGCUCGGGAAAAGUUCUUUUCCCAAUUCACUCUGAAGCCACAAAAUCUCAGCUCUCUAUUUGCCGAUUUCGAAAACUCUUCUAGUUGCCUUCGGAGUGGCCUUGAAUCCAUUUUGGCCAAAGGCUUGAAUGAAUUCCCAAAUUGCAAAAUCAACGCAUCAAAUCUCAAUUAUUUAGUCAACAGGCCUCAAACAUUAGAGGAUUGCAUUAGUUUGGCGUUGGAGAAGUUUAACAAAUAUUUCCGAGAUAAGGCUUUACACCUAUUACAUCGGUUUCCACCUGAUUGUACUACGGAUACAGGAGCAUCUGUAACUAUAGCUACAAUGAAAACACCUAUUCAAGCGCGCUUAACCACCUGUGUCUCUAUUAUCCAAAACUAUAUACCCUUAACGCCAAAUCUAAACUCUCUACAUGUUGAUUUUGUCUGGUCUUUUACGCGCCUACUUUGUCGUCAAUCUGGAUUGUAUCUACCGUCAAGAACUCGGGACGAAUUUGAUUGGUUUGCUCUAUGCAGUGUUUUCAUUAAUUUCACUUCCAAACCUUACAUUCCAUCCAAUAAGGAGGUGAUAGUCGACCCCACUUUUCAAAAACCUUCCAAUAAAGCCGCGACUGAAGGCUGCUCUACCCUAGAUAAUAAUCUACGGGAUGCUCUCCUGAAAGCCAUUGAAACUCUCGCAAAACCUUUUGGUGAUCGCCUCAUCUGUAAUCCGAUCGAAUUUGAUAAGGAUGAUGAAGAGGAAGGCCAUAUUGACUUCAUCGUUGCAGCCUCUAAUCUACGGUCUGCGAUGUACGGUCUUCCUGUGACAGAUCGAUAUGAAGUGAAGCGAAUAGCCGGCCGCAUUAUUCCCGCUAUCGCCACUACAACCGCCACUGUUGCAGGCCUUGUUAGUCUUGAGGUUCUAAAAUACAUUUGCUUCAGCGGAGACAGUGACAACUCCGAUAGGAAAGAAUAUCUUGCCAAUGAGGCCCGGAACAAUUUCAUCAACCUCUCUCUUCCCUCUGUGCUUUCUGUUAGACCUGGUUUGUGUGAGGUCACGAAACUACCCAAUGGGGAGGUUUUCACGACCUGGGAUAGAUGGGAUUAUAAGCUACCAUCUAGAAGUACUACGAUGCAGGACUUCAUUACUGAUUUAAAGGUGAAACACCAUCUUGAUGUGUCCCUUAUUACAAAAGGAAAUGACCCAGUCUUCAUUUCGAUGAUGCAGCCUUAUAUGUCACGCCUCAAGAAUCCAUUCGUUCAAGAACUGAAGGUGUCACCGGAAGACAAGUACGUUGAUUUGGUUGUUAUCUUCGAGGGAGGAGAUGGCAUGGACGAAGAUGUCGCCGGUCCACCAUUCCGUGUCAUUCUUCCUCAGAACGAAUAA